GCAAAUAACAACAAUUUGGUUAUAUUUGGUCGUUACAAAUAAUGUCACUUUAUUUCUAAAUCAGAAUCCUGGAUUUGCUGAAGCACCGGCACCAGAGAGGCGAGUUCCGUGAGCAACAAAGGGUCCCGCACAAGCCCGUCGUCAAUGCCGCGGACAAGCUGCUCCAUUUCAAACAGAAAGCGCCAGUCUUCCGCCUGCAGGUACCUGGAUUUACCGUGGGUCUCCUGACUAGACUUUCUGAAGAUGAGACGGUCAGACUGAAAGCUUCGCUCGAAUCGAUAGUUCUGGAAUGAUACUAGUGCUCAGCAACGCCAAAACAGUCAAUAAUAGAUAUUUGAAGUGUCAGCGGAAUCGACGUCUGACAAAACAACUGCUUCACUUCAUUAGAAUUGUGUGAUAUAUUCCACAGACCAGAUCAUUGGAAGAGAAGUCAAUCGUGCGUGAGAGAAGCCAGAAGAGAAGCCACCCGCGACAUUCCGAAGUAACCAUUUCUGUAGGGUCAGACGUACAUACAAACAACAUUCAUAUAAAUUGCUCGUGCUGUUCAUUGGUUACCGCCUUUAGUCGCUACCUCGCUCGCACACGCGCUCAACACCUACCCUUACCCGUCAAAAAUACCGACCUUCUUCUUGCCACGCCCGUAAAGAUGGCUCCUAAGAAGCAUAGUGGGUUUAUGAUGUUCGUAAACGAGUGGAGAAACCGGAACGCCGAGGGCCGACGCAUGACGCUGGCGCAGGCUGUUUCCCACUGCGGCACCAUAUGGGAGAAAAUGAACACCCAGCAGCGUGGUCCGUACAACUCAGGCGGCAAGGACGCAAAUGUGGCGCAACGCGCCAAAAGGGAAAGUUCCAACGGCCACGGCCAGGUGGACAAGGCCCAAAGGGAGGCCACCGAGAGCUUGAUGGACAUGAAACGUACCAUCGAGCGCCUCGUGCUAAACGCCAAGAUGUCCCAUGAUCUGGAGAAUGCCAAGUUUGUCUUCGUUGCCUUCAACUACUUCACUAAAGCCUUGACCACCGACGUCUAUGUGCCCGCCGAGUUUGCGGCAUGCGAAUAUUCGUUGAAGGAGGGAAUCCGAUCCAUCUACAGCACCAUGAUUGACCCCGGUCAGAUCAUUUUUGGGCAAGGUAGCGAUGCCCUGCUUCACUCUUCAACCACUCACGACCUGCCGCUGCCGCCCAACGCGCUGGGGGAGAAGAACAUGACCAAGCUGUACCGCAACAUUGUUGACUACUUAUCCAAAUGCCAGGGAAAAGGCAAGACCCUAGUAGUCUUUACACCCGCCGAAAAUAUUACCAUGGUGAAGUCAUGCUUCCGCUAUUUGGAGUGCGAUGAUGACUUCAGGGACGGGGGCGAAAAAAUCCAGGUGUUUGAUAUCCAGUACUUGCUAUUCAUAUUGAAGAAGGAGGUCAUGAAUGUCGCUGAUUUGAAUGACGAGAAAAUCAACAAAUUCGCGACGGAUGCUUUUUUUAAGAAAGACUUUUUCGAGUUUACCGCAGGGAUUGCGUGUCAGUACCACGAGGAUAAUGAUCGAACCAAGUACUGUACCCAGAGUAUGGUGACUAGAUGGGCGUAUACCUUCACUGAUUUUAUGUGCGGAGACCUGGCCAUAACCGUCCAACCCGGAAAGCACAUACCUGCCCAAACAAAACCCAACUACCUUAUCAUAAGCUCGUACGCCUCCUCACUCGACCACGAGUCCUCCUUCGACUCUUUUUAUUCGCUUCCCGGAUCUGGGGUCAAGAAGGAAAGCCAACCCGAAGCUUGUUCGCUUUCUAGCAGUCGACUUUCCGUCGCAUCAAGCUCCUACAAGCCCAUAGACCACACUUCCUUUGCCGCAAAUUUAAACGAAGUUUCUGAAUUCCCCAGCCUCGGCAUGCGUAAUUCUAGUAAGCAUCACGGUAUCGCCGCUAGUGCUCAGCGGGAAUGGAACGCUAGGAACUUACCGACGCACUCGCGUUUAAUUCGGAAGGUUUCAGACAACGACUUCUCCGUAAACGGCGCUGAUGGGAAACUUAAAAAAUAAGCCACUUUGGUCUAUCAAUUGGACUAAGAAACAAUGAUUCCUUAUAGAUAAUUUUCUUAUCGCAUUAAACUGUACAAAUACUAUUACUUGUAUUUAAAAAUAAAUUCGUUCAAACGG